UGGUCGCCUCAGCCCCGCGUUCCGCCUCAUUCGCUGAGCAGGUCCACGAAUUGUCAGCGCGCUCCGAGUGACCGCUGAGCCCAGGCGACUGCGGGCUUGCAGUGUUCACCCCAAGGUGUCGACCCGAGCCAAUGUGCCCCGGUCCGCUGGGGAGUGAGCAGCCACCGAUCGGGGCAACUUGGGACUCAGGACCCGCAGCAGGGGCGUCGGUUUGCGAUCGAGACACGGCGAGGAAGAUGGAAAUCCUGUAUGAAUGUGGAAGCCAUUAGCAGAGUAAUUGCUGUCUGUUACCAUGACAACCAGCCGCUGCAGUCACCUGCCCGAAGUCCUGCCAGACUGCACCAGCUCUGCUGCUCCCGUGGUGAAGACCGUGGAGGACUGUGGCAGCCUGGUGAAUGGGCAGCCGCAGUAUGUCAUGCAAGUUUCAGCCAAGGACGGGCAGCUGCUGUCAACAGUAGUGCGGACUCUUGCCACCCAGAGCCCCUUCAAUGACCGGCCGAUGUGCAGGAUCUGCCAUGAGGGCAGCAGCCAAGAGGACUUGCUCUCUCCAUGUGAAUGUACGGGGACCUUGGGGACAAUUCAUCGGAGCUGCCUGGAGCACUGGCUGUCGUCCUCAAACACCAGCUACUGUGAGCUCUGCCACUUCAGGUUUGCAGUCGAGCGCAAACCCAGGCCGUUGGUGGAGUGGCUCAGAAACCCCGGCCCCCAGCAUGAGAAGCGGACUCUGUUCGGGGACAUGGUGUGCUUCUUGUUCAUAACGCCCCUGGCCACCAUCUCGGGCUGGCUGUGCCUGCGGGGCGCCGUGGACCACCUGCACUUUAGCAGUCGGCUGGAAGCCGUCGGACUGAUUGCACUCACUGUCGCACUCUUCACCAUUUACCUCUUCUGGACACUCGUGUCAUUUAGGUACCACUGUCGAUUGUACAACGAAUGGCGUCGGACCAAUCAGAGGGUGAUUCUCCUCAUUCCAAAGUCUGUCAACGUCCCUUCUACCCAGCAGUCCUUGCUGGGCCUCCAUUCAGUCAAGAGGAACUCAAAGGAGACAAUUGUCUGAUGUUUGUGGUUGGCCGGCUGAUUCGUUGCUGGGGUUUGGGCGUUUCUGCACUGGGGCCCGCACUGAGCCACCCCCAAGCUUGGGUAAGCUGUGGGCUGGAGAGCACCCCACACCGCGUGGACACAUCGCCCAGACAACGAACCCUGACAGACGGACAUAAACGCUCUCUUACUUCAAAUCAUGGAUGCUGCAAUCAUAUGAUAUUUGCUAAGCUGCCAAACAUGUUUAUUUAGCAGAUACUGUAUGGGAUUUUCUGAACACCUCUUUAACAUAUGGGGAAGGUUGUACUGCCAAGGAUGCAAUUCGAUUCUUCCUUUUUUGUUACUAUUUCAAAUACAUAUAUAUAUAUAUUAAACUUAGAUGAUAAUCAAAAUUGAAAAGCCAACGUAAAAACUGGUUUCUUGGUUUGGCUGGGUUUUAUUGGAUGGGUUAGUUUAUUCGUUGCCCGGUUUCUACUGGGGAUGCUCUGGGGUAAUUCGAUAACCCGAGUGGUCUUUUUCAUCUCUCUCCUGUCUCUUACUCACAGAGACAGCAUAAUGACUUCAGAACAAGUCAGAUCUGGAGGAUGUUUUGUACUAAACUUCAUGUAAUUAUUCCGUUUUUAAAGGGAAAAAAAAUGGCGCGGCAACUCUCCACAGUGAGCUGUUUAUUUAACUAUCGUUAAAGGGGGGAAUUACAACGAGACGCACGCUCCUUUCAACUUGUUUGGUACUGACAGCUGAUGGAGCUAUUUUCUAAUAAUAAAUAUCCAGUGUGUGAAAGACAAA